GCAUCCCCACGCGGCGGGAUGGGGCUCGGCCGGGCUCCGGGGGCCGUUUUCGGCGGCGGCCACACCUGGUGGCACGCCUCGGGGCAGGGCGGCACGGCCGCCACGGGGAGGCGGCCCGGGGCGGGGGCGCGGGAGGAGCCGAGCGCGCGCGGGGGAGCGCGGGGAGCCGGCGCCGCGGACGGAGCGGUGCGAGGCGCCCGAGGCGAGGGCGCGAUGGCGCGGCGCGCGGAGGCCUGCCUGCUGCUUGUGCUGAUCUGCUGUAACUUUGGAAAUGGACUCCAUUUAGAGGUCUUCAACACAAGAAAUGAAAAUGAGCUGCUUUCUAAACAUACUCACUUAGUACGGCAAAAGCGGGCCUGGAUCACGGCCCCUGUGGCUCUCCGGGAGGGAGAAGAUCUGUCCAAAAAGAAUCCUAUUGCCAAGAUACAUUCUGAUAUUGCAGAAGAAAAAGGACUAAAAAUUACAUACAAAUACACCGGAAAAGGGAUCACAGAGCCACCUUUUGGCGUGUUUGUCUUUAAUAAAGACACUGGAGACUUGAACAUUACCCGCAUUCUUGAUCGAGAAGAAACACCAUAUUUUCUGCUGAUGGGUUACGCUUUGGAUGUAAGAGGAAACAACCUAGAGAAACCAUUAGAACUCCGCAUUAAAGUUCUCGAUAUCAAUGACAAUGAGCCAGUGUUCACCCAGGCCGUCUUUGCUGGGUCUAUUGAAGAGCUGAGUGCAGCACAUACACUUGUGAUGACAGUCAUCGCAACAGAUGCGGAUGAGCCCAAUACCAUGAAUUCUAAAAUUUCCUAUAGAAUUGUGUCUCAGGAGCCUGCUUCUUCUCCAGUGUUCCACCUAAAUAAAGACACAGGGGAGAUUUAUACGACCAGUGUUGCCUUGGACAGAGAGGAACACAGCAGCUAUACUUUGACAGUAGAAGCGAGAGAUGGCAAUGGACAAAUCACGGAUAAACCAGUGACACAAGCUCAAGUUCAGAUUCGUAUUUUGGAUGUCAAUGACAAUAUACCUGUAGCCGAAAAGGAAACGUAUGAAGGGACGGUUGAAGAAAAUAAAGCCAAUGUAGAAGUUAUACGCAUUAAAGUGUUCGAUGCAGAUGAAAUAGGCUCUGAUAAUUGGUUAGCAAAUUUUACAUUUGCAUCAGGAAACGAAAAAGGUUAUUUCCACAUAGAAACUGAUACUCAAACUAAUGAAGGAAUUGUGACCCUUAUUAAGGAAGUAGAUUAUGAAGAAAUAAAGAAUCUUAACUUCAGCAUUAUUGUCACUAAUAAAGCAGCAUUUCACAAAUCAGUUAAGAAUAAAUAUAAGCCUAUAUCCAUUCCCAUCACGGUAAAGGUGAAAAAUGUGAAAGAAGGCAUUCAUUUUAAAAGCAGCACAAUCUCAAUUCGCACUAGCGAGAGCAUGGAUAAAGCAAGCUUAAGCCGAAUAAUUGGAAAAUUUGAAGCUUUCGAUGAAGACACUGGAAAACUAGCCCAAGUAAGAUAUGCCAAAUUCGAAGAUAUAGACAAUUGGAUCUCUGUGAAUUCUGUCACAUCUGAAAUUAGACUUGUAAAAAUUCCCGAUUUUGAAUCCAGAUAUGUCCACAAUGGUACAUACACAGCUAAGAUUGUGGCUAUAUCGGAAGAUUAUCCCAGAAAAACCAUCACUGGCACCAUUGUUAUCACAGUUGAAGACAUCAAUGACAAUUGCCCCACACUGAUCAACCCAGUGCAGACUGUCUGUGACGACGUGCAGCAUGUGAACGUGACUGCACAGGACCUGGAUGGAUACCCAUACAGCUGGCCUUUCAGUUUCUCCAUCAUUGACACACCAGCUGGAAUGGCAGAAAGAUGGAAGAUCGUACACCAAGAAAGUACCAGUGUGUUACUGCAACAAAGCGAACGAAAGCUUGGGAGAAGUGAAAUUCAGUUCCUGAUUUCAGAUCGUCAGGGCUUCAGUUGCCCUGAGAAGCAGACCCUUGAUCUCACGGUUUGCAGUUGUCUGGAUGGCGGUGGUUGUGUAGAAGCACUGCGUGACUCCUAUGUUGGCCUGGGACCUGCGGCAAUCGCGCUAAUAAUUUUUGCUCUUCUGCUCUUGCUACUUGUACCGCUUUUACUGCUGAUGUGCCAUUGUGGAGAGGGCGCCAAAGGCUUCACACCCAUCCCCGGCACUAUAGAGAUGCUGCAUCCUUGGAAUAAUGAAGGGGCGCCACCUGAAGACAAGGUGGUGUCCUCAUUUGUGGCGGCAGAUCACGGAGUGCAUGUAAGCAAUGGAGUAGGAGGUGUAACAACCAAGACCAUCACCAAAGGAAGUAGCUCUUCUUCCUAUACCAAAGGGCAUGAGGUGGACGGAAGAUGGAAGGAAUGCAGACGCCUUAUUUCUGUUGACCCCCCCCAGGUUACCAAGUUAACAAGAGUCAUAGACUCCGAAACCAUUACGACCACAAGAACCAUAGGGGCUUCCAGAGACAUGACCAGAGCUGAAGCAGCUGCCGUGGCCCUGAGUGAUGAGUUCUUAAGAAAUUAUUUCACUGAGAAAGCGGCCUCUUACACUGAGGAAGAUGACGUUCACCUGGGCAAAGAUUGCCUUCUGGUUUAUUCUCAGGAAGAAACUGAAUCUCUACAUGGUUCCAUUGGCUGUUGCAGUUUUAUUGAAGGAGAACUAGAUGAUGGCUUCUUAGAUGAUUUAGGAAUUAAAUUCAAGACACUAGCUGAAGUUUGUGUGGGUCGGAAAAUAAAUAUAGAUAUGCAAAUUGAGCAGAAGCCAAAACCUGUGAGAGAAACAGGUGUGAAGACAGCUUCCCAUUCACUCUAUGAGCAAACUAAGGUUAAUUCAGAGAAUGCUUCCUCCUCUGGUAGUAGCUUUCAAGUUCCAGAACACUUGCAUGAAGCAAAUGCAGAGAAAGUAACUCAGGAAGUAGUCACUGAAAGGUCUGUAUCUUCUCGGCAGGGUCAAAAGGUGCCUCGACCACUUCCUGAUCCAUUGCCUCCUGGUAAUGUGAUACUGAAAGAAACUUCCUAUGCCACAGGCUCCACCAUGCCACCAAGUACUAUGAUCCUGGGUCCUAGCCAGCCACAGGGCCUGAUUGUGACAGAGCGGGUGUAUGCUCCAGCUUCUACCUUGGUAGAUCAGCAUUAUGCUAGUGAGGGUAAUGUCACGGUUACCGAGAGAAUAAUUCAGCCAAACGGGGGGGUGUCUGGUCCUCUGGAAGGCACUCAGCAGCCGCCAGAUGCACAUUAUGUUAUGGUCAGGGAGCGAGAGAGCUUCCUUGCCCCCAGCCCGGCUGUGCAGCCCACUCUGACCAUGCCCAGUGUAGCGGUAGGCCAGAACGUGACAGUGACGGAAAGGGUGCUAACACCUGCUUCCGCUCUGCAGUCCGGUUUCCAAAUUCCUGCUGAAACCUCUGUCACGGCCAGAAAGACUGUGGUUUCUGGAGCUGGAGUCACUGGCCCUCCUCCAAAUUUCAGUUUAGAGGAGUCUGGUCAUUCUCAUUCUACUGUAACCACAUCUUCCACCAGAGUCUCCAAGCACAGCACCAUCCAGCACUCUUAGUCCUAAGCAGCAGUCAGCCACAGCCUGACCCAGAGUUUACCCAGCAGGGACUGACUGCAUGUUUUCAAUGGACCUGGCUCUUCAGGAGUCUUACAGCCGUAAGAGGCACACAGACAUUGGGCUUAAAAUUUUACUUAAUUACAUACACACCAAGGGCCUCACUGUCUCAGCUUCCAGGAGUGUACUUCAAAAAUGCUCCAGGAUUUACCAAGGGUAUAGUGGUCGUGCUGUGUCCUAAUUGCCUUUUAGUGGCAAAUGGCCAAACAAUAUUCACAAAGCAAGUUAAAUAGAGUAAAUCGGGCUUCUAAGAAUUUACCAAAUGAACACAGAGUAUCCAGUUCAUCACCAUCCGGGAGAGCCCCCAGGAGGUUGAGUGGGCCCCUUUGCUCACCCUGUUAACCUUUAACCCUGCUGUUCUGUACUCCGUACUUUACUGCACCUAGCAGAUCAUCAAUAAUUCAUUCAUCCAAAGAUUACACGCACAGUCUGGGCAACCAGUUUGUUUUCUUGUUUUCCAUAAGACUAGAGGCCUUUCAGUCUGUGGUAAAUUGACUGAAUUUUGCAAUACUGACAUGGUAAGCACACACAUUGUAUGUUUCUGUGCAUGUAACUAUGUGUGUGCAUGUGACUCUGUGUGUGGGUGUGCGUGUGUGUGUGUUGUAUGACUUUAAAAACAGCAUUAUACCUUCCCUUUGUCUCUCAGUAAUCAUGAAAAUAUUGAACACCUCAAGUGCAGUUGUAUAAUCCAGGGAGAAAUUUAUAAAUAUAAAAUCACUUUACUUUUUAUAGUAAUAGUAUGAUAUUAAAAAACCCUCAGGGUACAUUAUCUUCUAAUUUAGUACAGCUGACUUAACUACUAGACUAUGUACACUGUGGUAAGAACUGUGCCUGUUUCACUGUUGUAUAUCCUCUUUGCCUAACGUGGGUGCCAAAUCAAUAUUUGUGGAAUACAACUGAAUUUUAGAAGCUACUCUCUUUUAUCUACAAUUGCAAAAAAUAUUGAAAGACCCUAUAAUUUUUAUAAUUAUGAGUUUGAAAUUCUGAUGUUAUUCUGUGUCUCAAAGUCAUUGGCUAGCUGGUCAUGACUUCCUACAGGGGUAUUAAAUAUUAUAUAAUUGACCUGAAUUUGUACAACAUCCUCGCCCCUUUUUUUUAAAAGUGAUUUGGCUGUUUUGGACAAAUAAAUAGAUUGUAUUUUUAUUGCUCCUUGAAAAAAUAAUCCAUUUCACGUUUCAAAGUAUCUGUGCAUAUCCAUAAUAAUUUAUAUAAAUAUUCUCCAUAGCAAAAUAAUUUUCAUAAAUUUUAAAGACUAUGUAAUUUCGUGAUUUUUCAGGAUAUUUUGCUAGGGAAAUGAAUCUUUAAAAAUUCAUUUUGUACGUAUUUUUUAAAAUAUCAUUGACUUGAAUUGUGUUGUGCAAAAGAUUUAUACUUUUUACUCCUACUGACUAUUAAUGGGUAAAAGGCAGAUAUUUUUAGACACCGUAAGCCUGUGGCCAAGAUGAAGGUCAUUCUUCCAUGAUCCAAAUUUUUAACUCUCUACUUAGUAAUUGUUGCUUUUUUUUUUUCCAUUAUAGACUUAGUAGUUAUAUUUUACCAAGUAUACAACAGGAAUAUCACUACUGUGUGCAAAUGUAAAUAUGACCUAUGUACUCCGAACAAACACAACUUGGUCUUAAAGGUCGUCCUUGGGCAGGCCUGAAAAACCUAGCCUGUCUCUUGUAUAUAUAUAGCAUAAUCACAGUUUCUAAAUGGCUUUCUUUGUACCUGAAAGGGUGAUUUGUAUUAGUUUUUACAUGUGUUGCUUGGGAGACUAUAUUUGUAUGUGUAUCAUUAAAAUAUUUAAAUAAAAAGAUGAUCUUUAGAGCGAC